CCGAAUUUCUCGGCAAGCGGGAAAGGAGGGAGGACACCGAGGGGGUGCGCAUAGUGCCCACCUGCCCCGUGGUUCCCUCCUGCUUCACCACUGAGUGCCACCCCGUGGUCUUGUGUCAGGCGGUCCCCCUUCCUGGAUCCCCUCCUCCGAGUUCUCCUCUGGCUUCAGUGGACGUGGAUGCUCUGAGGGGCACUGUCUUCCCCAUUCUUGGCAGACUUCUCUAGGUUCCGGAAGGGUGCUGGGCUCCGGGAAGGCGGGAGCGCCCUAGUUUAAGGGACUUGACGCUAGCUGCUCGACAUGCACGCGGCUUGGUGGCUGGGCCGGCUCUUCUUGCGCCUGUCCCGAAGCGCUGGCUCCGCUCGGCUGACCCAGGGUCCUGGUCACAGAGGCCUGAGCUCCCAUCGGAGAGAUCCAGAACUCAGUAGCUUUGUUGCCCGGACUAACACAUGUGGAGAGUUGCGUUCUUCUCACUUAGGUCAAGAAGUCACUUUGUGUGGAUGGAUUCAGUACCGAAGGCAAAACAUGUUCCUGGUCCUAAGAGAUUUCCACGGACUUGUUCAAGUUGUCAUCCCCCAGGAUGAGUCUGCUGAAGCUGUAAAGAAGAUUUUAUGUGACGCCCCAGUGGAAUCUGUGGUGCAAGUGUGUGGGACUGUUAUUUCCCGACCUCCAGGACAAGAGAAUCCAAAAAUGCCAACAGGGGAGAUUGAAAUCAAAGUGAAAAAAGCUGAGAUUCUGAAUUCCUGUAAAAGGCUGCCCUUUGAAAUUAAGGACUUUGUAAAGAAAACAGAGGCUAUUCGUUUGCAGUAUCGCUACUUAGACUUGCGUAGUUUCCAAAUGCAGCAUAACCUGCGAGUGAGGUCUCAGAUGGUCAUGAAGAUGCGAGAAUAUCUCUGCAAUCUGCAUGGGUUUGUGGAUAUAGAAACACCGACAUUAUUUAAGAGAACUCCAGGGGGUGCAAAAGAAUUUGUAGUGCCAUCCAGGGAACCUGGCAAGUUUUAUUCUCUCCCUCAGAGUCCUCAGCAGUUUAAGCAGCUUCUGAUGGUUGGUGGUUUGGACAGGUAUUUCCAGGUUGCCCGAUGUUAUCGAGAUGAAGGUUCAAGACCAGACAGACAGCCCGAAUUUACUCAGAUUGACAUAGAGAUGUCUUUUGUAGACCAGAUUGGGAUCCAGAGUCUAAUUGAGGGCUUGCUCCAGUAUUCCUGGCCCACUGACAAAGAUCCUGUGGUGGUUCCUUUUCCUUCUAUGACUUUUGCUGAGGCCAUUGCCAGCUAUGGAACUGAUAAACCCGACACACGAUUUGGAAUGAAGAUUGUAGAUAUCAGUGAUGUCUUUAGAAACACAAAGAUUGAAUUUCUUCAGGAAGCACUCAGUAAACCCCAGGGAAGUGUCAAAGCCAUAAACAUCCCCAAAGGCAUCAAAUACUUAAAAAGGAAAGACAUUGAAUCCAUUAGAAAAUUUGCAACUGACCAUUUUAAUCAGGAAGUCUUACCUGUGUUCUUGAAAGCCAACAGAAAUUGGAAUUCUCCAGUUGCUAAAAUCAUAGUGGAGGAGCAGAGCCAGGGAUUAAGCAGACUCAUGGAGACCCAGGAGGAGGAUGUGGUCUUGCUGACUGCAGGAGAGCACAACACAGCAUGCUCCUUGCUGGGAAAGUUACGACUGGAAUGUGCUGACCUUCUAGAAGCCAGAGGAGUAGUAAUCCGAGACCCAGCUUUAUUCUCUUUUCUGUGGGUGGUAGAUUUCCCACUCUUUCUUCCUAAGGAGGAAGAGCCUGGGAAGCUAGAGGCAGCCCACCACCCUUUUACUGCUCCUCACCCAAGAGACCUUCACCUCCUGUACACUGAGCCUGAAAAGGUCCGCAGCCAACACUAUGACUUGGUUUUAAAUGGCAGUGAGAUAGGAGGUGGCUCGAUCAGAAUCCACAACGCAGAGCUGCAGCGCUACAUCCUAGCAACAUUAUUAAAGGAAGAUGUGAAAUUGCUCUCCCAUCUGCUCCAGGCUUUAGACUAUGGGGCACCACCACAUGGAGGAAUCGCUUUAGGUUUAGACCGACUGAUAUGCCUUGUCACAGGAGCUUCAAGCAUCAGAGAUGUCAUAGCUUUCCCCAAGUCCUUCCGGGGCCAUGACCUCAUGAGCAAUGCUCCAGAUUCUGUCCCUCCUGAGGAACUGAAGCCUUAUUAUAUCCAGGUCUCCUGGCCAACAGAUUCAGAAGCAGCAAAGAUCUCACUAAACCAUCCACACAAUCCAGAAAAAUGAGCUUUUGAGUUGUUUGCCCAGGCUAAAAUCCUACUCAGUUCUGUCACAGAUCAGUCAGGCUAUUAGGUGAAGAAUCAUUUUCAGUAGGCACCAAUCCACAGUGAAAACACAGAAGAUGGCCAAUUGUAACUUAUAACCUAUAUUACUAGGAUUUUGUUUGUUUGGGACUUUACUUUUGCUAAGAGUGUUUCUUUAGCAUAGUGGUUAUACGGGAAACUUUCUUGUCUGAGGUUCUAAGGUCCCAGCUUCAAUUAUGUAUAUACCACCAUAAGCCAGAGCUGAGUAGUGCUUAGUGGUCUUUCUUUGUGCACCUCUUGUCUUUCUCCAUCUCUAUCUCUCUCUGUGUGUGUCUUUCUCUUAAAAUAAAUGAUUUUUUUUUCUUUUUUUUACCAGAGCACUGCUCAACUAUGGCUUAUGGUGCUGUGGGAGAUUGAACCUGGGGCUUUAGAGCCUCAGGCAUGAGAGUCUUUUUGCAUAACCAUUAUGCUGUCUACCCUGCCUUUCCCAUGAUUUAUUUUAUUUUUUUUAUAAUAUCAUCAUAGUUGGAUAGGACAGAAAGAAAUGGAGAGAGGAGGGGAAGACAGGGGGAGAGACACCUGCAGACCUGCUACACCACUAUACCCCCACCCUGAAAUAUUUUCAAAAAAUAAUUUUAAUGCCACUUAAAUCAGUAUGCCUAGUUCAUUUUCUCUCUCCCUGGGGGCACAGACUGCUUCAGUUUCUCUGCUUCUCUUUGCGAUAACCAGGGUAUACUAGUUUUUGCUGCACCAAGCUUUAAACUUUUCACAUUAUCCUUGGUUUUUGUUUUGUUUUGAUUUAAUCUUGCCAGAUUUGGCAUUCUUCUGCUGGGCCAAGAGGACAGAGUUCUUGAUCUUCAUUUUUCGGGGCAUGAUGAGGAGGUGUGCAGUACAGUGGUCACUGGCACUUACAGUCAGAGAUAUAUCCACAGGAAGCAUCUAGAAACAAGAAGGGUGAGUCACAAUGAUAGCAAAGGAGUUACCCCCCCACACACACAGAUGAACUAUCUCAUUGAUCAUCUUUCCCUUUUUUUAAACCGGAGCACUGCUCAGCUCUGGCUUAUGGUGGUUGGGGGAUUAAAUCUGGAACUUUAGAGCCUCAGGUAUGAGAGUCUCUUUGCAUAACCAUUAUGCUGUCUACCCUGCCCUUCCCAUUAUUUUAUUUUUUUUAUAAUAUCAUCAUCACUGGAUAGGAAAGAAAGAAAUGGAGAGAGGAGGGGAAGACAGAGGGGGAGAGAAAGACACCUGCAGACCUGCUUCACUGCUUGUGAAGUAGCCCCCCCCCCCAACGGAAGUAGGGAGCCAGGGGCUCGAACCGGGAUCCUUACAGGGGUUCUUGCGCUUUGCGCCACCAGCACUUAACCUGCUGCACCCGACUCCCAGCUUUCCUAUCCUUUAACCCUCUGGGAGUAUGGACCCAUACAUUGUAGGAUGCAGAAGGUAGAAAGUCUAGCUUCUGUAAUUGCUUCCCCGCUGAACAUGGGCAUUGACAGGUCAAUCCAUACUCUCAGCCUACCUCUCUCUUUCCAUAGUGGGAUGGGGCUCUGGGGAAGUGGGGCUCCAAGGCACAUUGGUGGUGUUGUCUGUCCAGGGAAGUCUGGUCAGCAUCAUGCUAGCAUCUGGAACCUGGUGGCUGAAAAGAGAGUUAACAUACAAAGCCAAACAAAUUGUUGACCAAUCAUGAAUCUAAAGGCUGGAAUAGUAUAGAUGAAGAGUUGGGGUGUCCUCCAUUUUGCGAUAGCUAGUAGACAUAUUUUAGUUAUAUUCCAAAGGGCCUGUAGCUAUACUAGUUUUUUUUUUUUCCCCUGAGCCUGAAGUCUGAUAUGCAGGUGGAUUCAAGUUAUUGUCUGCGGAGAUGAUGUCAUGGCUGGAAAAAGGACCAGAAAGCUGGAUAUGGGAAGAGAGUAGCUCCCUAAUAUGGGGAAGGGGUAUAAAUAUUGUUGACUGUAUACCCAAUUGAUUUGAUGUGAUCUGGGGCCCAUAUUCAGCUUAUGUGACCUCUGCAUCCCUGUAGAUCUGAGCUCACAUUCUGUGGUCAUGAGUAGGAACAUUCCAAGUUACCCCAAUAUCAGGACCCAUCUUCCUCAGGUGUAGCAUAGAGUAUGUUGUCCAGCCUCCCUUCGGAGGAUAGAACAUUCUUCUACCAUUGUUGAUCCAAGUUGAGGGCAAGGUCCUAUGUGGGGGCCCACAAAGGAGUCUAUUUUGUUCUUCUUCCCAUGAUUUCUAUACUAAACUCUUCAUAAAGGAUAGAUGUUACUAAUCAAAA